AUGUCGGAUGUGGACGAGUACCGUUGCUUCGUUGGAAGUCUUUCGUGGUCUACUACUGAAGCAGAUCUGAAGGACGCAUUUAGGAAAUUCGGCCAUCUUACUGAGGCAAAGGUGGUUCUUGAUAAGUUUUCUGGUCGAUCACGUGGAUUUGGUUUCGUGACUUUUGAUGACAAGAAGUCUAUGGAAGAAGCAAUUGAGGCAAUGAACGGAAUGGAUCUGGAUGGAAGGAACAUCACUGUUGAAAGAGCUCAGGCUCAGAGUUCAGGCAUCAGGGACCGUGAUGGAGAUCGAGACUAUAGUCGUGGUGGUGGUGAUCGUGACCGCUACCGUGGUGACUAUAGCCGCGGUCGGGACCAUGGUAGUCGUGAUUUCGGUGGAGGCCGUGGCGGCGGAGGUGGGGGGAUAGGUAUGGUAGCAGGGACGACAAGUAUGGUAGUAGCAAUGGUAGUAGCCGCUAUGGGCCUGGUCGUGGUGGUGAUCGCUAUUCUGGAAGCCGUGAUGGAGGAAGCCGCAAUGGUGGAGGCAGUGACCGAUACAACCGUGACAAGUCUGGUCCUUAUGAACGCCCCAGCCGAGGUGGAUACAGAUCUUGAUGUUUGCAAGGCUGUGAUCUCAGGAGCUUCUGUGGAUUAA